CAUUACAAUCCGUGUUCUCAGCAAGCGAACAACGAACCAAAUUUUUUAAACAAAAAUAAAACCACACAGUGUGCACUUUUAGUGAACGAAAAAAAAGCCUCCAACGGAUUAGUUUUUUUGGUGCAAAAUAAAAAAAAAGCAGAAGCGACAAAUCGUGAUAUUACUACUAGGAUUACAUUAGUGCAUAUACGCAAUUAUUUAUAUAGUUCAUUUUUUCCCCCGAUAUUUUCAACGAAAUUCCAAUGUAAGUACAAUUCAUACGAUGUUUCCUGUAAAUAACGAACUUUUUUUUUUCGUUCAUCGCUCAUUUCGGCUAUGUCAAUUUGUUUAUUCAAAAUUCUAAAAGUGCAGAUAAAAAACGACAACAAUUUGUUUUUCACUCGAACAAAAAAAGAAACGAUAUGAAUUUGUGUUUGGAUACUUAGUUAGUGAUAAUAAUUAUUUGUCAACAAAGUCAACGCGAACAAGCGCCAAAAAGAAACAAAAGCAAACCGACAAACAGAAUUCGAACCAGAAAAAAAACUGUAAGAACUGAACGCUAAAUUCCGCUCAUAAUCUUCUCAUAACUCGUGUGUGACAAUAACAACUCAAAGUAAGCGAUGCGCAUUGUGGCGACAACACACGAUUUGUGAGUGUGUGUGUUUGUGUUUCUUGUGUUUUCUCAUUGUGCGUUCUUUUGCUACGGCAUAGUUAAUUUGCUCUACAUUUCCUUUUACGCCCUUACGCCGAUAUCAUGAACGAAUUGUUUUGCAAAUUGCAAAUUAUCUGGCAUACGCGUGCAAGCACAUCAAACCAUGUUCGAACUCUAUCACUCGUUCGCUCUAUUUACAAUGGCCGAUUUUGAAAGUAAAUUAGACAAAGAGAAAAACCAAAUACCAAUUUUACUCAAACACAUUUUCAAUUGAACUCAUUGUUUAGUCUAUUCGAAACUGGCUAGAGAAAAAAAAAAUUGGUUUACAUUUGCGCCCGAACUAGUAAACAAAUGAAGAUGAUGUGUUCACAAUUCGAACGAGAGCAAUACUCGUCUCAGCCAAAAACAGAAACUAUUUACAUAUACGCGUAAUGCCAUGUGACGAAAUGCCGGCGUUGAUGAAGGAAGAUGAAACAAGCGAAGCAACCAUCCAAAAAAAAAAACGUUACCCAAUUUUUAAUUGUGAUUUUUUCAUUCCGUAGAUGGCUAUAAUUAGUAUGGCAAAGACUCUUGAGUUUCUCAGUCAGUUGAGUGUGUUGCCCAAAAUAGAUAUGUAUCGCGAACAAGUGUCGGCGUCAGUGGUUUUCCUUCGAAACACUACCGUGAUGCAAAUCGAAUUGAAGCGAUGAAUGUGUGUGAGAAACCAUUGCCAUAAAUAGACAUUCGACCAUUGCGCUCAUUUGAACUUGAAAAAUUGUGCGGCGUUUUUUUUUUCUCGUCUCUUCUCGCCACUCUAUAAAUAUAUCGAAACGUUAAUAUUCGUAAUUCCGAUUCCGACAUUACCUAUCCUACGUGAAAAGUGGUUGGUUGCUUGGUUCAUUCGUUCGUUUGUUCGUUCGCCGCAGGCGAGCUAGAAAACCUUCGCAACGCUUUUGAUCAACCCAUGUAUGUAACUAUAUGUUGCUCGGCUAAUGUUGUGUAUUAAAUCAAUUUCGAUGAAUUUGUUGCUAUCUUUUGUUGCUUGGUUCAUUCGUUUGUUGAAACAUUCUUCCAUAUUCGGAUAGCAAUGUUUGCCAUAGCGCCAUGCCUUUCGGUUAUUAUUGCUCCAAAAACUGCACGCAAUCCAUUAAUACACCGUGGUUGUGUCAUUUGGAUUAUUUGGUGUUAUUCAAUUUACUUUUGUUGUCCUGUCUUCCACUGUUUCGCCGUCUCGCUCGCUCUGGCUCUGCGGCAAAUUUGCCGCAUUAUUUUGGUAGUUGUCGAUCGCUUCAGAACAAGCGCACAUGACAACACACCAUAUCCAAGCAAUAUGCAUAAAUCGACCGAAUUUAAUGUUGGCCAAUUUGAUAUGGCUGCUCCCAUAUUUGCUAAAAAAAAAAAUUUGCUUAUUCGUCGCUUUCGUCUCUCGGGUUUUUUGUUCGCUUUGUCUUCAACCGUUGCACGAUUUCGGCAACACAAAUUGUGUUGUUGCCUUCCAAUCAUUUCAUUCUCUCCUUUUCUUGCAUUCAAUUUUUUUGGAUUGUUUUUUGUUUCUCUGUUUCCUUUGUAUAUUCGGCUCAUUUCAUAUUCACUUCAACGAAAAAGGUCAUAAAACACAUUUUGAGUCAAUAUGACAGUUUCCUUUUAGAAUUAAAAAAAAAAUAAUUCAAUUUUGUAGAACAAUGGUCGACUCGUGUAAAUGAAGCAUGAAAGGCGAAACGGAAAAGCAGCACACACUCACACGACUCACUUUUUUUUAUCAAUUCAGUUAUCGUUUUCUUUCUCUUUAUCCAUACGUGGUGAUUGUGUGUUUUCCUUUCUUUUGAGAGAAAAAAAAAACCAACAACAAUAACGGCACCAGAUAGAGAUAUUUUUAAGUUAAAUAGAUAUGUUAUUCAAAUGGCAUGAAAACACCCAUGCAUUGUUACUGACAGUUAUACUAUUUCUUUGGCAUUUAAAUGAAGUUGCUUCAAACAAAAGCCACAUAAAAAAAGGCAGUAUAUAUGGAAAAAGAAACAAAAAUGCUUGUCUCUUCUCUCGUCUAUGACACACACACUCCAUAAUCUCUCUAAUUCUCUGCCUGUGUCUCAUUUGCCGACAUUGAAUGCAAUAUUGCGGUGUAAACAGUAAUAAUAAUAAUUUCUGAAAUGAAUGUAGAGAAUGAAAAAAAGCAAGAGCAAGCCAUUAACGAUCCCCGCAUAAAUACAGGGAAAAAUUCACGGAAGAGACAAAUUUCAUUGGGUUCACCCAAGGCAAAAGACACUUAUUUGGUCGUGUUAUCUGCGCGACAAGCAUUGAAAAUUCAGAUAUAUAUAUAGAGAGUGCUAACGAAGCACUCAUAUCAUAUAUGGCAAAUGAAAUUCAAUCGCGAGCGCAUUGCAAAACAAGAGGCAAAGUACAGAAAAAUCGAAUGAAAGACGAGAAAAAAGAAGAAUUUUAUAUAUGAUUCGCCAAACGUGUACAUUGAUUCUAGAUGGUUUCAAAAAAAUAUUGGACUGCAACAAUCUAUGAUUGCACAAACACCAAGCAUAUUUGCCGAACGACAGAAGAGAUUACGUGUAUGUAUGUGAGUGAAUGAGAGCCGCGUCACACACAAUGUAUAAAGUGCUGACUCUUUUUUCCCUUCGUCUUUAAAAAAAAAAAUUCCAAUUUUAUUGUGUGUACGCUAUUUUUUUCUUCUCGUUCAUUCGUCGCUUCGUUCGUCAUGUUCAUCACUUUUACGUGGAAUUCUGUUUUAAAACAUUGCCUUAUAUGGUCAUGAAAAUGUUUGAUCGUUUGUUACGCGCACACUCAUGCCUUACACUCAUACACACAGCAAGCAGUGUUGGCGCUGGAAACGCCGAAAGCCGUACGUGUGUGUAUACUUGUAGCAACUGUUCGGGUUUUUAUGGUGUGAUGAUUCAAAAUUCCAAGCGUUCGUCAUCCGAUAUUGUGAUUGUGUGUGCGCGCAUACUGUGUGUAAGCCGAUACGGUGUGCCAUAGUGGUUGUGCAAUUGGUGGGGAUAUUUUGUUCAUAUUUGGUAGCGCUUUUCGCUUCGAAUUGAAUCGGAACGAACGUUUUUUUCUGCAUACUGUAGCGUCACUUGUCGUUUAGCCUUAGAAGUGUUAGGAAUAAAAUUCAUUUUAUUUCUGUUGUGCGCAAGCAAUCCAACCUCAACUAGAAGAUAUUCCAUAUUUGCUGUGGUGUUUGAAUAAUUUUUUUGUGUGAAACUUUAACAAAAAGAAUUCAAUAUGUGUGACGAAGAAGUUGCUGCCCUCGUUGUUGACAAUGGAUCCGGUAUGUGCAAAGCUGGUUUCGCUGGAGAUGAUGCUCCACGUGCCGUGUUCCCAUCGAUUGUCGGUCGUCCACGUCAUCAGGGUGUGAUGGUUGGCAUGGGCCAAAAAGACUCGUACGUUGGAGAUGAAGCUCAAAGCAAACGUGGUAUCCUCACAUUGAAAUACCCAAUUGAACACGGUAUCGUUACCAACUGGGAUGAUAUGGAAAAGAUCUGGCAUCACACCUUCUACAACGAAUUGCGUGUCGCCCCAGAGGAACAUCCAGUUUUGUUGACCGAAGCCCCAUUGAAUCCAAAAGCCAACCGUGAAAAGAUGACACAAAUCAUGUUUGAAACAUUCAACACCCCAGCUAUGUAUGUAGCCAUCCAAGCUGUGUUGUCAUUGUAUGCUUCCGGUCGUACCACUGGUAUUGUCUUGGAUUCAGGAGAUGGUGUCUCGCACACCGUGCCAAUCUAUGAAGGUUAUGCAUUGCCACAUGCUAUCCUCCGUUUGGAUUUGGCUGGUCGUGACUUGACUGACUACUUAAUGAAAAUCUUGACUGAACGUGGCUACUCAUUCACAACCACAGCCGAACGUGAAAUUGUCCGUGACAUCAAGGAGAAAUUGUGCUACGUUGCAUUGGACUUCGAACAAGAAAUGGCCACUGCAGCCAGCUCCAGCUCAUUGGAGAAGAGCUACGAAUUGCCAGAUGGUCAAGUCAUCACCAUCGGAAAUGAACGUUUCCGUUGCCCAGAAGCUCUCUUCCAACCAAGCUUCUUGGGUAUGGAAGCCUGUGGUAUCCAUGAAACCACAUACAACUCAAUUAUGAAAUGCGAUGUCGAUAUCCGAAAGGACUUGUACGCCAACACCGUAUUGUCCGGCGGUACCACAAUGUACCCAGGCAUUGCUGAUCGUAUGCAAAAGGAAAUCACCGCAUUGGCACCAUCAACCAUGAAAAUCAAGAUUAUCGCACCACCAGAACGUAAAUACUCCGUAUGGAUCGGUGGUUCGAUCUUGGCAUCGCUUUCAACAUUCCAACAGAUGUGGAUUUCGAAACAAGAAUACGACGAAUCAGGCCCAUCAAUUGUGCACAGAAAAUGCUUCUAAGCUAAUCAAUCAAUCGAGCGACGACAACAACACACGCACCUCGCAGUCGAAAAUCGAAAUCGGCCGUAGCAACUCUAACUGCAUCCAUUUUAAGUUCGCUACAGCAACAAAAUCAUCAACAAGAAUAAUAAUAAAAAUUGAAUACAACAACAAAAAAUUACAUUCAAAAAAAUACAUUUAAACAAAAAAAAAGCAACAACAACCAACACAUAUUCUCAAGAAACAGCAACAACAACAAGAAAAAAAAAUACAUGCGCAUUCACACAUUACAUAUACUUAAUUACUACUUUUUUUUCGUUAUAUGUAUGAUUAAAAAAGAAAAGGAGAAAUAAAAAAAGAAAACGUAAAAGAAAGAGAAAAGAGAAAGAAAAACGGAUCAGAACGAUGAAAUAUUGAUAUGGAAUUUUUCAAACGGAAAAGCAUAUUUUCUAUUUGAUAUAAUUUAAACAAAAAAAAAAAAAAUUCUAUGCUAGAACGAAAUGCGUCUCGAACAAGUUUCUUCUGCAAGCCAGUCGAUUUAGUUAUAUACGUUCAUUUCAUUUUUUAUCGUUUUCGAUUCAAUUUUUUUUUGCCCGGCUCUAGCAUUUUUUUUUUCGUUUCUCAUUUUGAAAGUAAUUAUCCUUUUUUUUGUUUUGUUUCGUUUGAGAUAUUGCAUAUUUUUUUCGUUCGUUUGCAUGUUUCUUUCCAUACACUACACACAAAAAAAAACACACACAUUCGUAUGAUUAAAAUUAAUAUUAUUAAUAUGAAACCAAAUGAAGUUGGAAUUAAAAUAAAAGUCGAAAAAUAAACAAUUUCAUACAAAAAAUGUAAA